AUGGUUAGACCUAAGUCCCCCAACUGGGAGCACAUCAAGAUGGUUACUGCUGACGAUGGUACAGUCAGUUGCAAGUGCAUCCACUGCGGUGAACUGGUCACCGCAAACGCCACUAGAAUUGGAGAGCACAUCUUCGGCACCCCAAACAGCAAACGGAAGAACGUGGCUACCUGUCCUUCGGACUAUGCAAAGCAAAGGCGUGAAGUGGCAAGAGAGACUCGUUCAGCCACCACCGGAGGAGGAGGAGGGAGCUCAGGCCGUGGCUCGACAUCUACGGUGGAGUUGCAGCCUCUCCGCCGCACAAGGCAGAGGGACAUCCGUGAAAUGGCGGAUGAGGCUGCUCGUUCGCGGCUGGAACUGUUGUGGGCUACUGCGGUGGCGGACAACGACUUGGCGUUUCGGGUCUCCAGUUCAAGGGCUAUGCAGGAGUUCGUGGAUGCGGCCAUUGCCUUGGCGAAGCCGUUUACGCUUCCUUCUCCGUUCAGGGUGGGCGGCGUCCUACUCAAGAAGCUGGUGGCUGAAAUGGAGGAGCUUAACAAGCCGAUGAAGGACAGCUGGGCAACUAGCGGCGCCACUUUGAGUGUUGACGGGUGGACGUGCCUCAAGAGCCGUGGCAUGGUGUGCGCGAUCGCACACAAUCACACGGCACCGGUGAUCGUCGAGUGCAUCGACUCUAAGACCGCCAAGAAAACGGGAAAGUAUCUUCGCGUUCUUAUCCAACGUGCCAUCUGCAAGGUUGGAGAUCGCCACGUUGUCCAAGUGGUGAUGGACAACGCGGCGAACAACAAAAAGGCGGCUGAGUUGUUGCCCGUGAAGCGGGUCUUAAAUCAGGUCCAUCGCGUCGUCAUGAUGGUGAAGGGCAGUGCAUCUGCCGUGGCCCUCUUCCGCACGGUGUUCAGCAAAUUGGAGCUCGUUCGACCGGGAGCCACCCGCUUUGGCACUCAAGUCAUCAUGAUGACCCGCUUCCUUGAGGUGAAGUAG